GGCAUGGGGUUUCUCGGCUAGCAUAAGCACUUUGUCCUACAUAAACAACACAAACAAAGCCAAAUACUGCUGUGCUCUGCUCGGGUCGCCGUCGCGUCUCUAAGACGCCAAGCGCAGCACUGUUGUGGACUCAGACCGUCCUUCAUAACCUUUGACGCCCUACUCUACUAUUCUAACUCACGAAAUGGGGGAUGAUUAUCCUUCCAUGUUCCGUUCGGAACCCAUGAGCUUGGUGCAGCUCUAUAUUCCAACGGAAGUAGCGCAUGACACGGUCACCGAAUUGGGAGAACUCGGUAACGUUCAAUUUAAGGAUCUGAACCCCAACGUCAAUCCUUUCCAACGUUCGUUUGUUGGUGAAAUCCGGAGGUUCGAAGACAUGGCGCGGAAGACCCGUUUCUUUACCAGCCAAAUUGAGAAAGAAAAGGAUCCAAUUCCGAUUCGUCCCUUGUCUGAUUCGGCACCUCUCAUCACUGUUGGACCUCGUGCUGCCCGUACCAUUGACGAACUCGAUGACGUGCUGGGAGAGCAUGAAGCUCGACUGGUACAAAUGAACGAGAGUUACAAGACACUGAGUGAGCGCACAAAGGAACUUACUGAGGCACGGUACGUUCUACGGGAGACCGCGGUUUUCUUUGACAAGGCAGAAACUCAGCAAACCGAAGUCCGAUCAUCCUUCGACGACAGUUCUGCUCCCUUGCUUCAAUAUGAUGACCGUGAAACGCAACAUUCAUCUGCGUCACAAUUCGAGUUGGAGUUCGUUGCAGGAACCAUAGAAAGAUCGCACAUCCCGACUUUGGAACGUGUUCUUUGGCGUCUUCUGAGAGGCAAUCUCUACAUGAACCAUACCGACAUUGCGGAGCCUUUUGUCGACCCCGUCACUAAUGUGGAGACGCGUAAGAACGUGUUCAUCAUUUUCGCUCACGGUGAAGCUAUUCUUGCAAAAAUUCGCAAAGUGGCAGAAUCCAUGGGCGCAACUUUGUAUCCCAUAGACGCGAACGCUGACAAGCGUGCCGAUUCGCUUCGCGAAGUUACAGCUCGUUUGGAGGAUCUCCAGACUGUCCUGUACCACACUGGUCUUACUAGACGAAAUGAAUUGGUUACAAUCGGCGAGAAUCUUUCUCGAUGGCAGGAUGUCGUUCGCAAGGAAAAGGCCAUCUAUGAAACGAUGAACCUCUUCAACUACGACGUCAGAAGGAAGACGCUCGUUGCUGAAGGGUGGUGCCCCACUCGGGAUCUUAUAGUCAUACAAACAGCCCUCAGGCGCGCGACGGAAGAGUCAGGGACGAAUGUUGUGCCCAUACUGCAUGAGCUUCCUACCCACAAGACUCCGCCGACCUUCGUAAGGACGAACAAGUUCACGGAAGGCUUCCAGGCGAUCAUGGAUAGUUAUGGUAUUGCGACCUAUCAAGAGGUCAACCCUGGUUUAUUCGCUAUCAUUACGUUCCCCUUCCUCUUCGCUGUCAUGUUCGGCGACAUUGGUCACGGUCUCAUUAUCUUGUUUGCCUCCCUGUACAUGAUCGCAAAUGAAAGGAAAUGGGCGAGAGCCAACCUUGGAGAGAUCACCGCGAUGUUUUUCUCCGGGCGAUACAUCAUCCUCCUCAUGGGCCUAUUUUCCCUGUAUACCGGCCUCAUUUAUAAUGACCUGUUCUCCCGGACCCUUCACAUCUGGCGUUCUGGGUGGGACUUCGUGAAUGUGAAUGGGAUCGAGGUUGGAGUCCCCACUGGCCGUAUCUACCCGUUUGGCCUAGAUCCUGCCUGGCGUUCGGCUGACAACGGCUUGGUAUUUGCGAACUCCUACAAAAUGAAAAUGUCUGUUGUCUUAGGGGUCAUACACAUGACAUUUGCCUUGUGCUUGCAGCUCCCUAAUCAUAUCAGAUUCAAACGGCCGUUGGAUAUUUACACUAACUUCAUCCCGCAGAUGGUAUUCCUUCAGUCGAUCUUUGGCUAUCUUGUCGUGUGUAUUCUUUACAAGUGGUCGAUUGACUGGACAACGCGAUCGACGGAACCCCCUUCAUUGCUCAACAUGUUAAUCGCCAUGCUUUUGUCGCCUGGGAGGAUUGAUCCCACUACGCAGCUAUACGCUGGGCAGGGUUUCGUUCAGGUGGUUUUGGUUCUACUCGCCGUUGUCUGCGUCCCAUGGAUGCUGUGUGCAAAGCCGUAUUUCGAGUGGAAGGAAAUGAAAAAGAUCCAGGGCCAAGGGUAUGUAGGGCUGGAUCAUCAUGAUGGGCUUCGCCAUAGCACCGAUGAGGCUUUGGAAACCGAGGAAGAAGGCAACGGACGGGCCGCAAUCGAGCAAAUGGAAGAGGAACACGAACAGCACGAUUUUGGCGACAUCGUUGUCCACCAGGUUAUUCACACUAUCGAGUUCUGUCUGGGGUGCAUAUCUCACACGGCCUCGUACCUUCGGUUGUGGGCCCUGUCAUUGGCUCAUGCUCAACUAUCUGAGGUACUGUGGUCGAUGACAUUAGAGGGUUUCCUGGGCAUGCCUGGCAUCAUGGGAAUCAUCGCACUUGCGCUGAUAGGCUCGCUGUGGUUUGGGGCCACGGUGUUUAUAUUGUGUAUAAUGGAGGGGCUCUCGGCAUUUUUGCAUGCUCUCCGAUUACACUGGGUCGAAGCGAACAGCAAGCAUUACCAAGGGGAGGGUUAUCCUUUCAUGCCGUUGAGUUUUGCAAAGCUGGAUGAGAAGGAUUGAAAUUUCGACUUAUCCUCCUAGCAGUGUGUCCUUUGUUGUAGAGGUGAUACCAAACAAUAUCAUUUUUAUCGCUGUG